GCUCAGUGCCGGGAAAUACAGCAGUGAAACACCAGGGGCUGUGCUACUGAGCAACGAUUGCAGGGUGUGAGACUAGAGAUGUGUGUGUGUGUGUGUGUGCAUGAGAGCAUCUUUGCAUCUGUCCCGAUCCGAGCUAUUGUGUGUGUGUGCAUGUGUGUGUGAGCGUGGGGGUGCAUAGCCUUAGAGGAAGACAUCAGGGGUGUGUGUGUGUGUGUGUGUGUGUUUGCACAGGUCUGAUAUUUUCAACACAACCAGAAGAGGAUAAACCAAAUGUCCUGAUUGUUGUCACUUUUCUCCCCCCCCCCCCAACCCAAGCUCUCCAAGUGCCCUGCGCGCUCUGCGAAGUUUCUUUCCUCAACCCCCCUCUGCAUCACCACCCUCCUCUUGGUGCAGUACAUCUCCAGUGAGGAUACACACGCGGUACAGAGGUCCCUGAGUGGUCGAGUCAGAGAUCAUGAAGUGGAACCUCUUCAAAAAGAAACCAGAAGCCAUGGUGGGCCCUGAGCCCACGGGACCCGGCGGCACCCACCCGUCACACAACAUGACGAUGGCCCCCGCUGUCUCCACACCUGCGGACAACUCCACCGAGGCUGAGGGACCCGUCAACAAGAAUGAUGUCUUUGAGGAAAUCAAAAGCAAGUUCCUCAAUGAGAUCGAUAAAAUCCCAUUGCCUCCAUGGGCGCUCAUCGCCAUCGCUGUAGUGGCCGCCCUCCUCGUCCUCACCUGCUGCUUCUGUAUCAUUAAGAAAUGCUGCUGUAAGAAGAAGAAGAACAAGAAAGGCAAAAAGGGAAAGGAUGGCUUCAACAUGAAGAACAUGCAGGGUGGAGAUGAUGAUGAUGAUGAAGAAGGAGAAACUGGUUUGACGGAGGAAGAGAAAGAGGAAGAAGAAAAAGAAGUGGAGAAACUUGGAAAGCUUCAGUAUUCGUUAGAUUACGACUUCCAGGAUAACAAGCUGACCGUGGGAAUCAUGCAGUGCGCCGAUCUGAUUUCCAUGGACUCUGGUGGAACGUCCGACCCUUACGUUAGAGUCUUCAUCCUUCCAGACAAGAAGAAGAAGUUUGACACCAAGGUGCACAAAAAGACCCUCAACCCAGUGUUCAACGAAACCUUUGUCUUCAAGAUCCCAUACGAGGAGCUGGGUGGGAAGACGCUGGUCAUGUCUGUGUACGACUACGACCGCUUCUCCAAGCACGACAUCAUCGGUGAGGUCAAGCUACCCAUGAACACUUUGGAUCUGGGUCAGCCGAUCGAGGAGUGGAGAGACCUGGACAGCGCUGAGAAAGAGGAGCCGGAGAAGCUUGGUGACAUCUGCAUCUCUCUGCGUUAUGUUCCCACUGCGGGCAAACUGACCGUUUGCAUCCUCGAAGCCAAGAACCUGAAGAAGAUGGACGUGGGCGGCCUGUCUGACCCGUAUGUGAAGAUCCAGCUGUUGCAGAACGGCAAGCGUUUAAAGAAGAAGAAGACUACGGUGAAGAAGAACACACUGAACCCGUACUACAAUGAGUCCUUCAGCUUUGAGAUCCCUCUGGAGCAGAUGCAGAAAAUCCUUGUGGUGGUGACGGUCUUCGACUACGAUAAGAUCGGCAAAAACGAUGCCAUCGGGAAGAUCUUCAUUGGCAGCAGAGCCUCAAGCACAGCGCUUAAGCACUGGUCCGACAUGUUGGCCAACCCGCGCCGUCCCAUCGCCCAAUGGCAUCCCCUCCAACCGGAGGAAGACAUCGAUGGCGCUCUGGCUGCUCUUAAUGCCAAGAAGUAACGUCUCACAUCUCCUGACCUGACUAACCUACUAACUAACCAACCCGCCACUGCAUGACACCCCACACUCAUCUGUAUGUGCUCUGCCAGUUUGUUUCGCAUAAUCACCAACAGAUAUAUUGGAAAGAAUAUACUUGAAAAGAUGAAAAAUAUCACAUGUUCGCCACAUAGUGUAAACCGAGGCAGGAGAAACAGUCAUGUUUGGUCUGAAACAACAUUUGCAAAUAACACUGUGCACCUAAAUAGCAAACGCAAAAUGACAUUAGGAGAAGUAGCCAGCAGAAUGAUAUUUUACACAGAUAAAUUUGCUAGCCAAAUACACAAUAUCCAAAUACAAAAAUAGUAAAAACCAACAAUGAAAGUGCAGAAAAAAUCAAUAAAUGCACCUGAAGAGACCAAUUUUGCACCUACAUGUCAUAUUAUUUUACAUUUUCAACUGGAUUAGGUCUAAAUAUUACUAAAGGAUUUAAUUUUUUUCCGUGAACAGAGAAUAAUUCGUUUCAGGAUGUUGUUGAUUGAAUGGAAUUUUGUGCCUAAUCAUAAGUGCAAAUAAUAGUGAGUUUAUGUUACAAAUAUCUACACAUUUGCACAAUUACAUAGCAAUGAUCACGUUCACUUAAACAUCGUAGGAGAAGCAACCGGUGUAGGGCAGAUUUGUUUACAUUGUCGAUAAAUAAAUUAGGCAUAAGACAAAUAAAGACGUCAUAUUUGCAUAUAUGUGCCCAAAAGAAAGAGAUUACAAAUCUAUGGAUUUGUAACAGUGCUGUUAGAUAGGACUGCGUUGAUAAAUGGGCUAAUAAUUCAUUAAAUUCUGCAAUAAACAUAUAACAUGCGUCAAGCAUGGUUUACACGGUCAGUGUAAAGGUAUAGACACAUCUCUUUUACUGUAAUGCUGCGAUUACAGUGCCAAAUCCAGACAUUCAUGUAUCUCACAUGUAGAAGAUCCCAUCUGGCCAAACCUGACAGGCACUAAAGCUGGCUGUGAAUGUAUUGUGGGAUCGUACAAAUGAUAUUUGCACUCAGUCGUUGUGUCCUCGAGAGUUCGCUGUCGUGUUUUUGUGAUCUCGGCCAUAGAUUUGAAUACCUGGUUUGUUCAUUCAGUAAACUCCACUCUCCGAGAUGCCAAAGUAUUAUCUGGAACAGAAUAGUAACUGGGCGUGUGGUAAACGAUACUAAUAAAGCAAUCUGAAGCAUUCAGCUCCACUCUUCAUCCCCAACGAUGCUUGUGUAUAUAUGCAUUGAUCAGAUUGGUUUCUACAGCAUGUACCUAUAAAUUGAUGUACAUAGAAGCAUGUUUUAAAGAUAGAGCAUAAUUAUAUUGUGUACGUGUGGCAUUUGUCAUUUUGAUAAUAAAUGUAGAGGGGAAAAAAUGCUCUGAAUGCACAUUUUAUGAAACUUCCCUGAAAGUGUACAAGACAUUUAAGAAUAUAUUAAUAUAGGGUUUUUGAAAAUACUUUUCAAUUUGCAACAGAGAAUUAAGAGCUGUGUGUAACGUGAGACUCGUGCUUGUGGUGUCAGUUUCAUUUUAUUUGCAUUUGUUUCCCUUUCUUGUCCAUGUAUUUGUCACGUUUCUGUGUUUAUUCUGUCCUGUGGAUGUGAAAAUAAACAAAAAUGUUCAGGUUGUGAA